AUGCUUGUCACUACUUUUGCCGUUUUGAUAAACUGGGUAGUCUUAUCUUUCCUUGAAACGCAAGACGAACCAUUCGAAAUCUCGCAACCAGAAAUAUCAUUCACACAAAUGUAUUCAGCACGAUCGGAUCCAUUCGACGAUAACGAAGCUUUGCUAAAACGCCUUCCGCAACCAUCGAUACCACGCACUUAUUACGAUAUUCAGACUCAGAGCCCAAGGUCGCGAUUCAUCUUCCGAAAUGCCGUACGAGCUGCACCUCCCAUCUUGGCGGGCACUUUCUGGUUUUCGAUGAUGUUGUACUUUUUGAUCUACUACGAAACACUUCCGAAAGAUACCCAAGGCCGCCUCCCAAGGAUCGGACCUGCAUACAGCACCUUCCCCUACAUAUCCUGUAUUGGUGCUGUAAGACUCAACUAUUUCCGCGGUUUCGCUUGCGUCGUUGCUCCUCUCGUCAGCCUAGCCUUCUUGCUUGACUUUUGGACGGGACGAAAUGUAACCCCCGGGAAGUUGUUCCGUACCGCAAAGCUCUUUUUCGGAACCAUAUCCUCGGUAUUCUUGGUGUUGCUUAGCUUUGAAAGUGUAAACAGUGGAAAUCAUCUGCAUCUUAUCUUUACCUCUAUUCAGAUAUGGUGUAUGGGCGCGGCGAAGCUGUCGGACUAUUUUCUAAGUUACCGCAUGCGAAGGCAUGAUCGUAAGAACCAAUAUCUUCUGUUCGCAAAACUAUGGAAGAAGUGUAUUGGUAUCGUUGCAGCGCCUGCCUCAGCAAUCACAUUGUUUGGAAUUUACGGUUGCACAAUGCCUGUGGGACUUCUACCAACCACAGCAAAAUGUUACAAGUUGACAUCCUUCUCCGCACCGUCCGAGUGGAUUCUCGCAUUGUGUUGGAUCACAUAUCUCUUUGCAUUGGGAUACGAUUUGUACCAUGCCGAGACUGUUGCCACGAGAAUUAUCUCACUUACCAGCCAACGAGGCACUCCGCAUGGCAAAUCACCAAGUGCGGAGAUGAGGCAACUCAGGUUGGCAAGGGUACUGGGGGGUAACCACGAAGAUACUGGUUACAACCCAGAAUAUACCGUGGCUAGAACGUUAAAAUAUGCUUUUGUUCAGUCACAAGAUAUAGAAGUAUAA